AAGGGAGGCAGGGAAGGGGUUCUAGGCCCAGGCGAGAUGCGAGAACCCGCCCUUGGCCGGGUGUGGGGUCCGCAACCUUGUUCACCGGUUGGACGCAUCCGCGAGCCCGGGCCGGGCGCGGCUGGGGUGUAAACCCUCCGUCGCUCGGAAGCUGGCGGCGCCCACCAGGACCUACCCCCGAGCGCUUAUAAAGGCGCCCUUUGUCUGGUUGUCGCAUCGUAUAUUACGGAUUGUGUUGGGCACUGUUAAGAAAAAUGAGAAUUGCUGCAGAUUAUGAAACGUUGACUGGUUUCGUCCCUGAAAAAAGAGGGAGUCAUACCACAAUGCAGCUUCGAAGAAAUGAUGUCUUGUGUGGAGAUUCUCCACCAGCUAGCUUGGUCUUAGCAGUUGUGACUGUUCGCAUUUUAAGUUGCUUAGUAUUCAGUGUCACGUUUCACGCCUAGCUAUCUGUGAUCAGAAUUAGAAUACUAGAUCGUUGGGAACCCUGGACAUUUUGUCCAGUGAAGGAAAAACGGACACUUAGCCUACUUGGGCUAGUAAAUUUGUCAGAGAUGAUGAGACAGCAUACUAAGUGCUUUAUUUUUUUACACUUCAUUUUGUCAUCUGUGUUUGCCGCAAACAUUUCUGCCAGUUACAAGAGUGAUGAGAGUAUGGGAGGCAUCUGAAUUUAUAAGAACAUUGAGAAUAAAAUCUGUGGGAAAGAAAAUUUUUGUGAAUUGAAAAUAUCAGCUACAAAAGACCCCACAGCAGUAGAAAGAGCAAACUUGUUAAACAUGGCUAAACUCAGUAUCAAAGGACUCAUUGAAUCUGCUCUAAGCUUUGGCCGCACUUUGGAUUCUGAUUAUCCCCCCUUGCAGCAGUUCUUCGUGGUUAUGGAACAUUGUCUGAAACAUGGUCUUAAAGUAAGAAAAUCGUUUUUGAGUUAUAACAAAACUAUCUGGGGCCCUUUGGAGCUGGUGGAGAAGCUGUACCCAGAAGCAGAGGAAAUAGGAGCUAGUGUCCGGGAUUUACCUGGUCUUAAGACCCCCCUGGGUCGUGCAAGAGCGUGGCUUCGAUUAGCCCUCAUGCAAAAAAAAAUGGCUGAUUACCUGCGUUGCUUAAUUAUUCAAAGGGAUCUCUUGAGUGAAUUCUAUGAGUAUCAUGCACUAAUGAUGGAAGAAGAAGGAGCAGUAAUCGUUGGGCUGCUGGUUGGCCUGAAUGUGAUAGAUGCUAAUCUGUGUGUAAAGGGAGAAGAUUUAGACUCACAAGUUGGAGUGAUUGAUUUUUCCAUGUAUUUAAAGAAUGAAGAAGAUAUUGGAAAUAAGGAAAGGAAUGUUCAAAUCGCUGCAAUAUUAGACCAGAAGAAUUACGUUGAAGAAUUAAAUAGACAACUGAACAGUACAGUCAGCAGUCUCCAUUCAAGAGUUGACUCAUUAGAAAAGUCAAAUACUAAGCUGAUUGAAGAGUUAGCAAUAGCAAAGAAUAAUAUCAUUAAACUCCAAGAAGAAAAUCAUCAAUUACGAAGUGAAAAUAAAUUGAUUUUAAUGAAAACACAGCAGCACCUAGAAGUUACCAAAGUAGAUGUGGAAACUGAGCUUCAAACAUAUAAGCAUUCUAGGCAGGGGCUGGAUGAAAUGUACAAUGAAGCCAGAAGGCAGCUUCGAGAUGAAUCUCAGUUAAGACAAGAUGUGGAGAAUGAGCUAGCGGUACAAGUUAGUAUGAAACAUGAGAUUGAACUUGCCAUGAAGUUGUUGGAGAAAGAUAUCCAUGAGAAACAAGACACUUUGAUAGGCCUUCGACAACAACUUGAGGAAGUUAAAGCAAUUAACAUAGAGAUGUAUCAAAAGUUGCAGGGUUCUGAAGAUGAUUUGAAAGAAAAAAAUGAAAUAAUUGCCCGACUAGAAGAAAAAACCAAUAAAAUUACUGCAACCAUGAGGCAGCUGGAACAAAGAUUGCAGCAAGCAGAGAAGGCGCAAAUGGACACUGAAGAUGAGGACAAGAAAUAUCUACAGGAAUGUCAGAGUAAAUUCGACAGUCUGCAGAAACAAAUCUCCCAAAAGGAGAAACAGCUGGUGCAACUGGAAACUGAUCUGAAGAUUGAGAAGGAAUGGAGGCAGACUUUGCAGGAAGAUCUUCAAAAGGAGAAAGACACCUUAUCUCACCUUAGAAAUGAGACCCAACAAAUCAUUAUUCUUAAAAAAGAGUUCCUUAACCUCCAGGAUGAAAAUCAGCAGUUGAAAAAAAUAUAUCACGAACAGGAGCAAGCUCUUCAAGAACUUGGCAACAAACUUAGCGAAUCAAAACUUAAAAUAGAAGAUAUAAAAGAAGCCAACAAAGCAUUGCAGGGACUGGUUUGGUUGAAAGACAAAGAAGCAACACACUGUAAACUUUGUGAAAAGGAAUUCUCACUCUCUAAGAGAAAGCAACAAGAAGGAAAGCAGGCUACCAGCAAUUUUGAGAGCUUGCAGAAACAGCUUGCAAGGAAAAUGAAGCUCCCUAUUUUCAUAGCAGACGCAUUCACAGCAAAAGCAUUUUGUGGGAAUCCUGCUGCUGUUUGCCUCCUAGAAAAUAAAUUGGAUGAAGACAUGCAUCAAAAAAUUGCAAAGGAAAUGAACCUCUCUGAAACUGCUUUUAUCCGAAAACUACAUCCAACUGACAACUUUACACAAAGUUCCUGCUUUGGAUUAAGGUGGUUUACGCCAGUGAGUGAGGUUCCUCUCUGUGGACAUGCUACCCUGGCUUCUGCAGCUGUGCUGUUUCACAAAAUACAAAACGUGAAUAGCAUUCUAACCUUUGUCACUCUGAGUGGGGAACUAAAGGCCAGAAGAGAAGAGGAUGGUAUCGUCCUGGACCUGCCUUUUUAUCCAGCCCAUCCCCAGGACUUCCAUGAAGUGGAAGACUUGAUAAAGACUGCCAUAGGUGACACCCUGGUUCAGGACAUCCGCUAUUCCCCAGACACCCAAAAGCUCCUCGUCCGGCUCAGUGAUACUUACAACAGGUCAUUUCUGGAGAGCCUGAAAGUGAACACACAGAAUCUACUGCAAGUGGAAAACACGGGGAAGGUGAAAGGACUCAUUCUCACCCUCAAGGGAGAGCCUGAUGGGCAGACUCAAGCAUUUGACUUUUACUCCAGAUAUUUUGCUCCGUGGGUCGGUGUGGCUGAAGAUCCCGUAACAGGGUCUGCACAUACUGUUCUCAGCAGCUACUGGUCCCAGCAACUGGGAAAGAAAGACUUGCACGCCUUUCAGUGUUCCAGCCGAGGCGGAGAAUUGAAGAUUUCCCUGCGUCCUCAUGGACGAGUUGACAUCAAGGGAGGCGCUGCUCUUGUUUUAGAGGGCACGCUGACGGCCUAGAUGUGCUUGUGCAGCAAUGCUGCAGUCUUGAAUUACUAAGUAUUUUCUGUGUAAAAAGAAAUGUAAGGGGCUGCCUUGAAUAAGCUUGCAUAGUAGUCCACUUAAUCCUCACCUUAGAAACAGAACAAUGAAGACAUAUUAAUGGAGAUUUAAUAAUGCUUCCUGACUAAUUAACUAAUGGAGUUUUGGCUCUACCUGUGAGUAUAUUUGAAUUGUAAGUAACCAAUAACAAAGAAUAAUGUCACCUUUGAUUAUGACCACCAAGCACAGAAUGAGGAACCAAUUUAUGAGGAGUAAGAUCAAACCAUUUAAACUUAGGUGUGAGUACCUGAUCAACUAUUUCUCAGCCAUUGAAAAGACACCAAUAACUAUGAGGAAAUAUAGAAAAAUAUUUCAUGAUAUAACACCAAGAAAGAAAAUCACAGUAGACUAUAAAAUGUUAGCAAUGUCUGUGGAGAAUACAAAUUUAUAUGGACAAAGAUGGAUCAUGAAGGUAGAAAAGUGAAGAGCUCAUGUGUAGGGGUUAGGAUUGGAGUAAUUUUAAUGUACCUAAAAAAUUAUUUCCUUUAUUGGAACACACUCAUGGUUAAUAGUAAUAAAUUAGGACAUGUAAACUAAAAAGCCCAGAAAUGUUAAAAAAAUAUAUGUGUGAUAGAGUGGUAGUAAAAUUAAAC